AUGCGCGGUGGAGGAGGAGGAGGAAGUGGAUCUUACUUUGAAGAAGAAGAAGUCGAGAUGGAAGAAACGACGACGACGACGACGAAUUUUAAUACGAAUCAUCACGCGACGACGACGACGGCGAAAACGUUGUUCUCGUUUUGCAACGACCGACAGAUCAAAGAAAAGUUGGAGGCAAACUUCGAUUGGAAAGCGUACGAACACGGACGCUUGGUGUCGCCGACGGAUUGUAAUUUGAUCGUAAAAUACGAGGAGACGUGGAGAAGAGAUGGUGCGAGUGGUGGUUCGUCGAUGAACACGGCAAAAAGUUUGAUGGAAUCGUCGGAUGGAAAGUUAAUCGCGAACGCAUUCUUGGACGUGUUUAGAAACGUUUCGAGACGAGAGGCGGUGGAAAGAGCGCUGGCGAACGUGUGCAAAAUGCUCGGUGACCCUCAACUGGCGAAAGUCUCGAGCGAGUACUUCAUGCCGGAGAUUAACAAGACGGUGACGUUAUCGAACAUCGACGCGUAUAAAGCGUUGACGAGGUUGAUGUUGAACGCGAAGAACGGAUGGUUCGUGAGAGAGAAGGCGAGUUUUAUAUUGGGCGUUUUGUUAAGCAAGAGCGAAAGUUUGCGCAACGAAUCGUUUUUUAGCGGCGAGGAAGGAGAAGAACAAGAAGGAGGAGAGGAGCAGCGAUGCUCGGAAGAAAUGCAAACGGCCAGGACGGUGGUAAGGUGGUCGAUAGAUUUACUCGGCGGCGGCGACGGGAGUUUAGUCGAUGCUAGCGGCGGCGACGGCCCGGGAGGGACGAUGACGAUACAAAGAGGAGGAGGAGGAGACGAGAACCACGAAGAAAACGAAGAGAGAGUUAUUCCAACAGCCAUUCACGCCUUGGCAUCUGUUUUGCAGCACAGAAAAACGAGACCGUUGGCGAGAAAUUUAGGCGCUUAUAAGUUGAUCGCACCUUUAUUGGAUUCGGAAAAAUUCAACCCGAACUCGCGCGUGCAAGUGUUGUACGAGGCUGCGUUGUGCGCGUGGCUGCUUUCGUUUGAUGCUAAGGCUAGGAAACAAGCUUUGAAAAUAGAUAACGCUAUUGUGGUGAAAAAAUUAAUCAACGCGGCGAAAACCGCGACGAAGGAAAAAGUCGUUCGCGUCGCCAUCAUGGCGUUGAAGAACAUACUCAUCGGAUUAGCAGAUAGCGGUAUCGACGACGCGAAAAAAGUUCCUUCGAUGAAGUCUGGGGAAGGAGAUCGACAUAGCAACAAAGAAAAUGCAGCAUCUGCUGCUCACGUCGGCGGCAAAAGAGACGACGACAAAGACGAUGAAGACGACGAGCUCGGCCCGAUUGCGGAAACCUGCAUCGAGCGCGAAUCGCUCCAAAAAGUGUGCGAAAACCUCGCCCACCGAGGUUUUGAAGACGCCGAGCUCGUGGACAACUUAGAACAACUCGCGAAAGGCUUAGCCAAACGUCGCGUCGUUGCGUCAUCCUGGGAACGCUAUUUGACCGAAGUCAGAAGUGGCUCCUUGGAUUGGUCCCCGUCGCACACCGACGAGGGGUUCUGGCGAAACGAGUGCUCAAAACUCACCGACAACAACUGUUUCGUUUUGAGAAACUUAAUCGCCAUGAUGUCCAGUCGCGACGUCGAUCCGCGCACGUUAGCCGUCGCCUGUCACGACGUCGGCGAAUUUGCCACGCACUACCCAGCCGGGAGAUUUUUAGCCUGCGAUUUAGGCGCUAAAACAGCCGCGAUGGCGUUGAUGGUCCACGAGGACGAAGAAGUCAAAGCGAAGAGUCUCGUGUGCGUGCAGAAAUUGCUCGUGGCGAAUUGGAAGUUCAUCGGAGGUGGUAAUUGA